GAAGUAUUUCCUGUAUCGCGACAUCCGGUGCGGUCGCGGUGUUGACGCGUUUACUGUGUGUGAAAAAAGUUGUAUUUUCUCUUUUUUAAAAAUGAGUUUCAACGAUGAUAGUGGAUUACACGAUGAUGCUAAUGAUAAAGAUGAUAGAGCUCAUUUUGUAGCACCGAUUAUUCAAGAUAAUGCGGAUGGAUGGGGUCCUUUUGGUUUACUUGAUCCAUUUAAAGACAUGCCGUACCAGCCAUUUUCCAAAGGAGAUAGGCUCGGCAAGAUAGCAGAUUGGACGGGAUCUGCAUUCCAGGAUAAGAAAUUUACAAAUAAAUAUGCAUCGCAAUUUGGUUCUGGAAGCCAAUACGCUUAUUAUCACGACGAAGAUGAGUCGACAUUCCACUUGGUGGACACCACGAGGGUACAGAAACCUCCAUAUCAACGUGGACGUUAUGGCAGACAUAAUCAACGCAAUAUGCGCGGUCGUGGCGGUCAACGAGGUGCAAUGAAUCAGAUGCAAGCUCUAGGCAAAUUGAAAUUACGUGAACGUGAACGUAAGGGACAAACAAAACGUUGGGGUCGUCAGCAAGGUUUUCGAAAUCAUAAAAAUCAACCACCAAUUAAAAUUCGCGAUGCUUCUGUCACUGUACGUCCCGAUUGGGUAACUAUCGAGGAAAUGGAUUUCCCACGAUUAGCAAAAUUAUCUCUUCCUGGUGUUAAAGACGGUGAGGAUGUUCUCUGCUGUGGCUCUCUCGAAUAUUAUGAUAAAUCAUAUGAUCGUGUCAAUGUGAAAAAUGAGAAACCUCUACAAAGAAUUGAUCGUAUUUUCCACACUGUUACAACAACUGACGAUCCAGUGAUUCGUAAACUUUCCAAAACUGAAGGCACUGUUUAUGCAACUGACGCUAUUCUCGCCACAAUUAUGUGUUGCACACGCAGUAAUUAUUCAUGGGAUAUCGUCAUUGAAAAAAUUGGCGACAAACUCUUUUUUGAUAAGCGUGACAAUACUGAAUUCGAUUUACUCACUGUUAAUGAGACAAGCGUUGAACCACCGCAAGAUGAUGGCAAUUCAUUGAAUUCACCGAGAAAUUUGGCUCUGGAAGCCACAUUCAUCAAUCAUAAUUUCUCCCAACAAGUUCUUAAAUCAAACGAACCACGUUAUAAAUUCGAUGAGGGUAAUCCAUUUAUUUCCGAAGAGGAAGAAAGUGACGUUGCAAGUGUCGCUUAUCGUUAUCGUAAAUGGGAUUUGAACAAUGGAAUUGUAUUAAUUUCAAGAUGUGAACACGAUGCCGUUAUGCAGGGUCCAAAUAAUGAAACACAAUUUUUAACUGUAAAAGCAUUGAACGAAUGGGACUCAAAACUCGCUAAUGGCGUUGAAUGGCGUCAAAAAUUGGAUACACAACGCGGUGCAGUACUCGCCAAUGAAUUACGUAACAAUGCCUGUAAAUUGGCAAAAUGGACAGUUCAAGCACUUCUCGCUGGUUCUGAUCAAAUUAAAUUUGGAUAUGUUUCAAGAGCAAUGGUACGCGAUUCAAGUAAACAUGUCAUUCUUGGAACACAACAAUAUAAACCGAAUGAAUUUGCCACUCAAAUUAAUCUCAAUAUGGAUAAUGCUUGGGGUAUUUUGCGAUGUAUUAUUGAUAUUUGCAUGAAACAAAAGGAUGGCAAAUAUUUGAUAAUGAAGGAUCCGAAUAAGCCAAUGAUCCGUCUCUAUGAUAUUCCUGAUAACACUUUCGAGAGCGAAGGAGAUGAAGAUGACGAAGAUGAACCUAUUAAUGAUGCCUUUCAAAGUUAACAGACACGUCUAAAAUCAUCUACAUUUGAUUUUCUACAAGAAUCUACCAAUUUUUUUGCAGUAAUUUAUAUUGGCUAAAAGGACGACGAUUUUUUUUUUUCUAUCGUUGUGAAAAGCAAAUUAUUUAUUACUGUGAUAAUAAAAGAAAGCACAAUUUGGAAGUCGCUAAA